AUGACCAAGCGUGCCCUCCCUCAACUGGAUGUGAACGGAAAGACCGUACUGGUCCGGGUCGAUUUCAACGUGCCUAUAGAGCAGGGCGCGGAAUUCAUCGCCAAUUACGAUCAUCGCUUGCGCGCAACCCUGCCCACUAUCGAAUACCUGCUGGAGCGGCAAUGCAAGGUCGUGUUGUGCUCCCACCUUGGCCGACCCCGCGGCAAGGUCGACGAGAGCCUCCGCCUGGCGCCGGUGGGAGAGCGGCUGGCUACUCUGCUGGGUCGCCCCGUGACCCCACUGGAUGAGUGCGUCGGUCCGGCGGUUGCCCGGAAAGUUUCCGUGAUGUCCCCCGGCGACGUUUGCCUGCUCGAAAACCUGCGUUUCCACCAAGGGGAAGAAGGUAACGACGAGGGGUUUUCGGCUCAGUUGGCCAGUUUGGCCGAUUGUUUCGUUAUGGACGCUUUCGCGGUGGCGCAUCGCGCCCACGCCUCCACCGUGGGUGUGCCCCGCCAUCUCCCGACUGCCAUGGGCCUGCUGACUCAGCGCGAGGUUGAGUCCUUGAGCAUCGCUCUGGAAAACCCCGAUCGCCCGUUGGCCGCGCUCAUGGGCGGCGCCAAGGUUAGCGACAAGAUUCUCGUCCUCGAAAACCUGCUGUCCCGCCUCGACCACCUGUUCAUCGGGGGCGGCAUGGCGGUCACCUUCCUGGCCGCCGCCGGCAAAUCGGUCGGAGCGUCGGCGGUUGAAACUGAUCGUCUCGAUUUCGCCCGCGUGGUGAUCGACCGCACCCAAGCCGCUGGCGUCACGGUUCAUUUACCCGAUGAUCUGGUCGUCGCCAACCGGUUCGAUCCUAACCCCUCCUCGGUUGACACUGUGCUCGUGGACAAUGUCCCUGACGGCUGGUACAUCAUGGAUAUUGGUCAGGGAGCCGCGUCCGCGUUUGCCGCCGCCCUCGCCGACUGUAAGACGAUCCUGUGGAACGGGCCGAUGGGCGUGUUUGAAAUGGAACAGUUCAGCGUUGGUACUCGUGAGGUCGCCAACAGUAUCGCCGAACUAGCCGACGCAACCACCGUGGUUGGCGGCGGGUCUACCGCAGAAGCGGUGGAGGCCCUCGGCCUGAUGGGCAGUAUGACCCAUGUAUCCACCGGGGGCGGCGCAUCGCUGGAGUUUCUCGAAGGGCGCAUCCUGCCCGGUAUCGCCGCAAUUCCCGAUGUCUGA